AUGGUUCAUCGAGAAUUACCGGUACCCAAGACUCGUAUGCUAUCUACUUGGAAGCUAAAAGAUAUGAUUCGAAAGAAAGAACUGAUCAUGGAUGCUCCCUAUCAAAGAGCUGUUGUAUGGGAGUCUGCUAAAAUGAGUGAAUUGGUUGACUCAAUAUUGAAUAACUACUAUAUCCCUCCGUUGCUAUUUGCUACAAGAAAAAUUAGAGGCAAACAAACACGUAUUGUGAUUGAUGGCAAACAAAGAUUGACUUCGAUGCGAAGGUUUAUGCGAAACUUGAUCCCUUAUGUUGAUAGUUCUUCUGGUGAACCUGUGUCAACUUAUUAUGCAGACAUGACAGAUACAGAAAAAGACAAUGAAGAAGAAAGUACCAUAAGAAGAUCAAAGCCAGAACCGAAAUCCUUCUUGAAUGAAGAUUUACUCGAUAAAUUCAAUAGUUAUGAGUUUGUAUGUGUGGAAUACUCUGAUAUUUCAGAAGAUGAUGAGUAUGAAAUCUUUUCUCGAGUACAAUUAGGUGUGGCCAUCACUUCAGCUGAAAGAUUAAGAGCACACAAUACACAUGUAGCCAAAUUAUGCCGACAAUUAUCUCAAGAGCAUGCUGCUAUAUCGGAUGUAUUGCAGCGAAAGAAAACAGCCGACUUAUUCCAAAUGAUUGCUCAUCUGCUCUUGGCACUGAAGAAUGAUCCUAAAGAAUUCAAAGGCAGCAACAGACCACUGGUUGAAUUUGUCUCGGGUUCAUUCCAUCCACCACCAGCGCUCAUUAGCUCAUUGAAACACGUACUUCAUAUCUUUACAUCCAUUGUUCAGCAUGAGGACUACAGACAUGUCUUUACAAAAAGAGACGGGCAUCAAUGUGCUAUGAAAGCAUUGGAAUUUCUUACUUUUGGCAAGUAUGUGUCUCUUGUCAGCCGUCCUCGUUCAGUGUCUCUGUUUGCUAAAGAUUUUACGAGUUUAAGAGAUUACUUGUUUGAAAGAAGAGAAGGUAAAUUCUAUUUGGGCCAUGAGUCAUUCAAUGAUGCUAUGACAUGGGUUGAACAGCAUAUUGCUAAUGAAAAUCUGGCACCCUCUGUUCAACCUCAAUACAAUACAAUUUCAUCUGAUGAAGAAGAAGACGAUGACGAAAUGAAUGAUGAACUAAAAAUGGAUGAAUAUGAACAUGAAUCAGCGUAUACCCCCUACAACUCUUCUUCUUAUAAUACAGCUACCAAAAGAAGAAGAGAAGAAAGUCUUAUUGGUGUUCCUGUAGCAAGAAGAGGUGGUAAAUUACCUUCUGGUCCUCCAAGACGUUAA